GACCUUUUCUCCCGUCAGAUGCCGAUGAUGUAACUGGAAAAUGGCGGUGUGGUCGGAGAGUCUUUUCCUCAGCGCCAUAUGGAGCUAUCCAUACGUGGCACUCUUGUCUGCUGUAGUAGCACUGCUCUCUUUUUUCUGGGUUUUCUAUAGACCGACAAACAUUAGCAAGGACAAGGAGAAACAGGUGAAAAGUGACGCUGGUAUUGGUGUUUGUGAAUUGAAACAAAGUGAGGACGUGAACAAACAGACGCAGUCCACCCCGCACUCUCUCUCCAUCUUCUAUGGUACUCAGACUGGUACUGCCAAAGUACUAGCAGAGCAGGUGUUUAAGGAUGUGACAUCUCUCGGACUAAGAGCAUCAGUUACUGAUCUCUCGUCAGUUGAUCCUGAGCAGUGUCUUACUCAACAGGUACAGCAGUAUAUUAACUAUGGACUGCUUUGUACCACCUCUCCACCUACACUGACGGCGGACCACCAGACUCUGCUGCCUGGUUCACCCGCUGGCUGGCCGACACUGCUGCCGACUUCCGAGUCCACAAGUCUCUCCUGAAAGGAAUGCACUACGCAGUGUUUGGUCUGGGGAACUCUCUGUACACACAGCACUAUAACACUGCCGGGAGGGAGCUUUACCGCCACCUCCAGCAGCUCUCUGCUCAGCCUGUACAUCAACUCGGGUUGGGAGAUCAGAACGUGGCUCAGAGCAAGUACGGAGGUAUUGAGGAGGAUUUUGUGGCCUGGUGGAAAGAACUAAAGGCUCGGCUGCUCCCAGUGUUGAAUGGUUCGUCUCCCAUCAGCUCUCUUGACGGUCCUCAGCCGCAUCAACCUACUCAGGACAGUGUAAGAGAGAGAAACUGCAUGGAAGCAUGUCCUAUUAAACCCGGAUCUAAUGCUGUAGAUGCCAUGCCUGAGGUUCUAUGGGAGUCAAGUAGUGAAGAAGAGGGAGAGGAGGAGGAGGGGGGAGGGGAGGGUGGGAAGAGGGAAAGUGGAGUGGUGGAUCUUGAAGAUGUGGGAGACAUGCUACGUAAGGCAAGGCCACCUCGUGCUAGCAGAGAAUUGAAGAUCAAGAGAAGAGGGGAGAGGAGAGAGAUGGUAACUCCAUUGCUCAGGAAAACCCUUAGUAAACAAGGUGUGUACAGUAACAUAUGA